GCGGUGCAUUGUGGGGGUAACGCUCGGCGCGUCCGCCAUUUUGUCGGUGUGUGCGGCGCGGUGAGAGAGGCUCCCGGACACGUCGCAGCCAUGUUAUCCGCCGCGCAGCUUCUGGAUGAGCUUAUGGGCCGGGACCGGAACCUGGCACCGGAUGAGAAGCGAAGCAACGUCCGCUGGGAUGACGACAGUGUGUGCAAGCAUUUUCUGUGCGAGUUCUGUCCGGCCGAGCUCUUCACAAACACCAGAUCCGAUUUGGGUCCUUGUGAAAAGAUCCACGACGAGAACCUUCGUAAACAGUAUGAGAAGAGCUCGCGUCACAUGAAGGUCGGCUAUGAACGGGAAUUCCUGCGCUAUUUGCAAAGCUUACUGGCCGAGGUGGAGCGCCGAAUCCGCAGGGGACAUGCACGGUUGGCUCUGUCUCAGAGUCAGCAAGCAUCCGGCUCUGUCGGGCCGGCGGGAAAGAAUGAGGAGAAAAUCCAAGUGCUGACUGAUAAGAUCGAAGCCUUGCUGCAACAGAUUGAGGAGCUUGGCUCAGAAGGAAAAGUAGAAGAAGCUCAGGGCAUGAUGAAACUUGUCGAACAGCUGAAGGAAGAACGGGAACUUCUCAAGUCUACGACGUCGACGAUUGAAAGCUUUGCAGCCCAGGAGAAGCAGAUGGAGGUGUGUGAGGUCUGCGGUGCCUUUCUAAUUGUCGGAGACGCUCAGUCCAGAGUGGAUGACCAUCUUAUGGGCAAGCAGCACAUGGGCUAUGCCAAAAUAAAGAACACGGUGGAGGAGUUAAAGGAAAAACUUAGGAAAAAGACGGAUGAGCCUGAACGGGAAGAUAGGUUAAAAAAGGAGAAAGACGAAAAAGACCGGGAAAAAGAUCGGGAAAAAGAGAAGGAACGUGAACGAGAAGAAAAGGAAAAGAAGCGGCGUAGAGAAGAAGAGGAGCGAGAAAAGGACAGAAACCGAGAGAAGGACAAGCGCAAAAGAAGCCGCUCCCGCAGCCGCAACUCCAGCAGAGCGUCGGAAAGGAGAAGUAGCCGGACACGUGACCACAAGAGAUCGCGGAGCAGGGAUAGGAGGAGAAGCAGAAGCAGAGAACGUCAGCGCAGCCGAAGUCACAACAGAACAGACCGGAAGCAUCGAUCUCCCAGCAAAGACAAGCGCCGAUCAAAAAGCAGAGAACGCAAGUCUUACAAACACAGGAGCAGAAGCCGGGACAGAGAGAGGCGAUCAAAAGAAAAAGAAAAAAGAAGCUCUGACGACAAAAAAAGCAAGUCCAGCAGUCGAGACAGACAGAGCGAAUCUCGCAAAUCUGACUCUAAGGAGUUGUCCACCCAGACCUCAGUGAAUGGGGCCAACGAGGGCGUAAAAUCUGAAGGUGACACUCAGUCCAAUUAAAACUGAUCUGAUUUGACCUCUGAUCAGUCAGAGGUAAGUGUUUGGUGCCUCACUUUCCAUAGCUCUUAUGUUUUGCUAGAAUGUAACGGUGCAGCGUAAGUAUGCACGGAUGAAGAGCGCUCUAGAAGAUGCCACUUGCCAUGAAAGGGAGGCUCAGUACUCCUGCAGAAUAAGUCGAGGUAUACCAUUUUAUGUAUUUGUAGUGACCCCCGCCCCCUUCCCCCCCCCCUCCACGCCCGUCCAGUCUUCUGUCACCACACCGCGCCCUCUUGAUCAGACACGCGCCAUUCCCAGAUGUUGUCUUGAUGCUUGUCCUAGUUAACGCACACAGCGAAUGUGUCGAUUUUGAAUAAUUGGUUGGCCGUACCGGUCACUUUAAGGAGGCGCAAUUCUAUUUAAAGAAGAAAAAAAUAUAUAUAUAAAAAAAAAAAUCUGGAUGGCGUUAAAAAAAUAAGUCUAAAGAUGUGUCAUUGUGAGAUGUUUGGAGUCUUUGCCUUCCAUACUAAUGCAGUCUGUUCUCGAGAGCCUCGUAGCAUUGGAUUGAUGGAAGUGUAGGGUUUAUGAAUAAAUUCACCACCUCUCUGCCAAACCUCACUCAGCGUUGGUGUUGUAAGCGGGCCCCUGAAAAUGCCAAAUUAAAAAUCAAGGAUUCAGUCAUACUAAUCAGGUACUCUUGACAGGUACUCCUUUCUCUACCAAAAUCCAUGUUUUGAAUGAUGUUGCGUGCUAGCAUAAGCUUGAUAUACAUUUAUUUUAUUUUUUGUGUAUUUUCAUUUUUUUGUCUUUGUCUACAAAGCAAAGUCACAGAUUGUGUCUUUUUUAAUUUUUAUUCUAUUUCUUUUACAUGUUAGAGUUGUUGUUUCUGACAGUUUUAACAGUUUUGGAAAUUUUCUUUCGACUGUGUCUAGGGAUGCAGUGAUGUCAUUUAUACAAAAAUUCUAUUAACGAUUUUAAAUGCAAAUCUGUGCUCGCUAUAAAUGGGCCAUGUUACAUUCAGUGCAAGCUUUUACCGAGGUAUGUCUUUACAUUUUUCCUACCAAGUAGGAGAACGUUGCGUUCUGUUACCCAGGCAGUGUCAUUGGCUUUGACGGAAAAAGCGGAGAUUUCCAAAGUCGUUUCCUUAUUUUUUGAGACGAAUCCCUUUUUCUGCUCUAGCUGACUUUGCAUGAAGGUGGUUAGGGUUUGGGGGACAGCGCUAGACCCAGAUUAGACCGUUUUGCCUUCAAUGAGAGUUUUUUUAAAUUUAUUAUUAUUAUUAUUAUUGGCAAUUAAUUGUUUUUUUUUAUUUUUAUUUCUCUGCGCAUUUUACCAGAUAGGACGUCGUGCUGAAGACGAAGAGCCGACCCUUCUCUCUUUCUCCACCCGUACCCUCCCAAGAUGUCUUAAUCGAAGAUCUACUUUAUAUGAGGUGACCGAAACCUGUAUAGAGAAUUAAAACAAAAAAAAAAAAAAAAAACACACACACAAAAAUUUAGCAG